AUGCGACCGCAAUGGAUUCUGGCGCUUGCUAGCGCCGGUACUAUCUUACCUGGUGCCUCUGCUCUACUUCGCUUUUCGUGUUCCCAACUCGUGGUUGAACGACUUGACCCCUUAGUUAACCCCGGCGUUGUCGGAUCGCCCCAUCUUCACCAAGUUAUCGGCGGAAAUGCCUUCAGACCGUUAAUGGAUCCAAAGGCUAUGGAUAUCCCGAGCACAGCCACCUGCACGACCUGCACGUUUGCCGAGGACUUUUCCAAUUAUUGGACGGCAGUCAUGUUCUUCCGCGCACGAAACGGAACGUACAAACGUGUCCAACAGAAGGGCAAUGUUUACUUUGAGGACUCGAAGGGCGGUGGUAUGACGAUCUAUUACAUACCGAGUUAUGGAAACACGAAUGUCACCGCAUUCAAGCCUGGAUUCAGGAUGAUAACCGGCAACCCUGCGAUACGCACUGAGGAAGAAGCAAUGAAGUACCGUCAGCUCACAUAUACCUGCCUUCAAGAUCCCAUGACGAGGACGAAUGAGACUCACGACAUGCCAAAAGAGCCGUGUCCUGCGGGCAUCAUGGCUAACCUACGGUUUCCGACUUGCUGGGAUGGCGUCAACUUAGACUCUCCCGAUCACGCCAGUCACGUCUCGUAUCCCGAAAGUGGCACAUUUGAAGAAGGGGGCCCCUGUCCGGCGAGUCACCCUGUGAAAAUUCCUCAACUCUUCUACGAAAUCGUCUGGGACACGACGCCUUUUAAUGAUAAGUCCCUAUGGCCAGAAGAUGGUUCGCAACCGUUCGUGUGGAGUUACGGCGAUGCUACGGGCUUCGGCAACCACGGCGAUUACAUGUUUGGUUGGAAAGGUAAUGCGCUGCAGAUUGCGAUGGACACCAACUGCAAUGGGUUCAAAUGCCCAGAGCUUCAAUACCAAGAGAUCAAAGAGGGGAAUAAAUGCUCGGUGAAGCCAAUAGUGGAUGAGGAUAUUGACGGAUGGCUCACGGAGCUUCCUGGUGGCAUGCCAGUCACUGACGCUAGCGGGAAGCCCAUUUACUAGGUGCUAUUAUUAGACAGCAGUAGAAAAAACGAGAGACUAUAAUAUGGCGAGAGAGGAAUAGUAGUUCUCAAAGGAGGUAGUUUGUUGAACCCCCCUUUUGGCUCUAAUACUGCUAGAUAGACAAGUUUCCAGAUAAUUAAGC